AUGCAUAUGGCUACACCCCGUCCUGCAGUGCCAGAAUGGCUCAAAUCCUCGCGGUCCUCCUCACAUAUCAUCUCAGUCAUCCGUACCUUGUUACAGCGCGAACAGGCUCGAGCCAGUGCCCGCAGCACAUCUCGGCAGCGAUCUAUUCCAUCCAAGACACGCCGACUCUCUCGUGGCCUUUCCUUCACCGACAAGUCUGACCAUGUCGACCACUACUCUAUCACUGCGGGCUGCAACCCUGAUAACGAGGCCUGCAAUCGCUACAUGGACAUCAUCCCGUACGACCGCACGCGUGUGGUCAUUUCCGAUCGUGGAGUAGAGAAAGGGGAGAACGCACCUAAUGGCGGGCGAUACCUCAACGCGAAUUGGGUGCGGGAACGGGCUGGGGGAAAGUGGUGGAUUGCGACUCAGGCACCCUUGCCAAACACAGCGCACGCCUUUCUUAGUGCUCUUCGGGAACCCCUUGCUCAUCCGCCUGCAUCCCGUGUAGUAGGAUCCUCCCCCUCCCUCUCACCCGCAUCCAUGACUAGCCGCGUACGCACCGUCGUACAGCUCACACAGAACAUCGAGAGUGGGAUGCGCAAGGCGCACGUGUAUUUUCCACCACUAGAGGGACAAUCAUGGAUUGUCCAGCCCGAGGAAGGUUGUCUCACACCGCCACUCAAAGUCACAUUGGUGCGGUUUCAGGAGAUUGACUACGCACAGUGCAUCCAAUGUACCGUGUCCAUCGAGCCUCUAUCCGCAAAUCAGCCAGAACCUGUCGUCUUCCAGCACCUGCUUUAUGGAUCUUGGCCCGACCACGGAGUUCCGAGCGCAGAGGAUCGCGCCAGUUUUCUCAAUUUCGUCCGCCUUGUCGAUGAGGCGAACCGUGAUCUGUCAUCGCAACCGCAGGGCGUGGACCUCGACCCAGAUCCGCCUAUCAUGGUCAACUGUUCCGCGGGCGUAGGGCGAACUGGGGCGUUCAUCGCGGUGUCAUCACUCUUGCGUGCGUAUGGUUUCCUCUCACCAGCGGCGACACCUCCUGAGCAGGAUCCGCUCACGCCCUCACCGCUCGGACCUCUACCGAAGGAGCUCAGUGACGACCUUAUUGCACAGGAGAUUGACGCGCUCAGAGAACAGAGACCGGGGAUGGUUCAGAAAGAGGAGCAGGUGACAUUUAUAUACGAUAUGCUUUUGGCGGCUUUUGAUGUUGUAGCGUAA